UUCCGAGUUGUGUUCAGUUUAAAUUUAUACUCGAUAGCGGUCGGAUAGAAAUUUCCACUUCCAGCAUAGAGGAAUAUAUUUUUAUAUUGUUUUGUAUUUUAACUGCCGAACACAUUACCCGAGUUUCGUCGCGAUUCGUGGCAAGUUUUUCGUGCGGAUACCUAAUUUCCAGUGAUUUAAUUUAUGGAUGCCAAACGUGGUAAUGCCUCCGGGGCACGCCAAGGCGGCGGUGGUGGCUACCAAGCAUCCAAGACCAGCAUGGCAGUUUGCCAGUCACGAGGUGGAGGUGGCGGCGGCGGGGGAGCUGCCGUUGGACGUAAACAGGCCAGUGAGAUCAGCCUGACUCCCAGCCAGGCCAGGAAUCCCGAUAACCCACGCAAGAGUCCUUUAGAUGCGCUGAGCCGCAGUGGCAUUGUUCGCAGUCAGGAUCCCUUCCAACGUCGCUCCGGCUUGCAGGAUGUGGAUGAAGCCUUCCUGGCUUCCAAUGCCUUUGCGCGUCCGUCCAGGGUCCGUCAUUCCGGUUUAGAGAGAGACGCCAUGCCGCAACCAGCUGUCGGAGGUGGAGGAGCUGCCAGUCAGCAACAGGGAUCCGCUGCAGUGGCUCCAAUUCGCAUGUCCGCCGGACAGGACGCUGGUCAGCAGCAGCAACAGCAGCAGCAGCAGCAACAAUACCAGCAGGUUCCGGGCCAGCAAAUGGACCAACAGCAGAUGCCUCCGCCGCAACAGGUACCUCCUGUCUCCCCGGCGCCAUCGCCGCAACAGCAGUACGCACAACAACCGGCUGCCGGGCAGCCAACCAGACUGGAACCACCGCCAUCGGGACGAGCUCAUGUCCAGCACCAGCACCAACACCAGGCAGGCUACGAACAGCAACAGAACUCGCAACAAGAUACACAGGCUCAGAACAAAUACCAGCAACCACAACAGACGCAGCAACAUCAGCACCAUCAUCACCACCAUCAUCAGCAGCAACAGCAACAGCAACAGCAACAGCAGCAGCAACUGCAACAGCAACAACCCAACCCACAACAUGGAUACCCUCCGGCCGGAGGAAGUCAGGCAGCUGGAGCACCAUCAAGUGGCGGACUAGGAGCCGGUGCAGCAGGAGGAGCCGGCAAUGCCGCUGCACCACGAGAGAGAGGUGGAGAAGCAGCACCUCCGCCCGAGGCCGAAAUGUGCACCACGUGCCCCAACUGCCAGACCACUAUUUACUUGGUACGCUCCCCCGAACUGGGACACGGAGAUGCCGGGUCACCAGUACAGUAGAAACCCACCCAGAUGCGCCUCACCAAGCACAACAAUGCUCCAAAUUCGCCGUCGAACUCAAAUCUGAAAUUGGUUGGACAGCCAAGCGCCAAUUCCAAUCAUCAAUAGCUUAAGUUAGAAAUCUUUUAGAGCCGCAUGACCCGAAUAAUCGGAGGUGCUUCUAAAUCGAAUGUAAUUUGAAAUUCUCUGUGAUAAGUUUUGGUUUGUGGUGAUAGGCUUGGAACUAAAACUUUGUUAUGUGUGUGUGCCAAAUCCACAAAUAAAUCGUUGUAAUUCUUUCAUUUUUAAUAUGA